AUGAUUAUUGAAAUUAUUGUAUUCAACAAAUUCGUUUAAGUAGGUAGAGUAGUCUAUAUCAAUUUCGGUUCUGAUAAAGGCAAAUUAGCCGUAAUUGUAGAUAUUGUUAACUAAAAUAGAGUUUUAGUUGAUGGCGAUAAUGUUAAAAGAUAAGUUAUUCCCAUUAAAAGAGUUAACUUAACUAAAUUCCACAUUACAGAUGUUAAAUUACAUUAAAGAACAACAGUUUUAAGAAAAAAAAUCUAAAAAUUUGAUUUGAACAAGAAGUAUGCAGAAACUGCAUUCGCUAAAAGAUAAGCAGUUAAAGCUAAAAGAGCUUCUUUGACUGAUUUCGAUAGAUUCAAAGUUAUGGUCUUAAAAAAAAGACUUGCAAGAACUAACACUAAAGCCAAAUCAAAUUAAACCAAAUAAGCCAAGAAAGCAGCUAAAUGAUUAAAUUAAUUUUGAUAAAAAAUUAAAAUUCAAAUUUAAUUAUAUUUUGUUUAGUUAUGAUUUUUAGUUUUAUUUUAUUUUUUUAUUUAGUAUUAAUUUUUUAUUUGUAAUUAAUAUUUAAAUGUGCUUUUUAUUUUUUCAUUUAUAAUAAUUUUAAAAUUAUUAAAA